UUAAAAAGUAAAUUAAUUAUGACCAUAGAAGAAAAUAAUUUUGUGUGCUCUGAAUCAACUGGUCAAACUCUGAACAACUAAUACAUCAAGUGCGCUUAAUCAAGUCGUAUAUCAACUCGACUUUUGCAUUCAAGUAUAUCAGCAAGAUCUAAUGGAACUUUUUUCAGAAUCAAGAGUACAUCCUUUACCAGCUGCAAUGCUGUGAGGCCUCCUCAAGAACUCCUUUGCUUACCGGAGAGUGACGUGUCUCUACUCGCGACCUCGGAAACAUUCAUGCCGGGCGCAACGCUUAUGCAGCCUUCCCAAGGUCUCCCUUGCUCAUCGGUGACUGUAUCAUUUAUUGAUUAAAAUCUUGGAUUUGGACCUCCAGAUUUUGAGAAGGCAAUCCAAACAUUAUAAUAUGGUGCAUUCUCAAGAUAAGGUUGAGCGUGUACUUCCAUACUGGCUAUCCAAUCCUCGGCCGCUUGGACAGGAUUUACAAAAUGACAGCUGUUCAGUGAUGGACAUGCCCUGGCUUGACCAAGCCCUGGUUGGCAGACUCAAGCAGAAAGGCAUACAUCGUUUCUUCCCUGUGCAAAAAGCCAUUAUUCCUGAAAUUUGGGCACAAGAGGCUGAAAAUGAAUCUUGGGUGUGUCCAAACGAUCUGUGUGUGUCUGCCAUGACUGGCAGUGGCAAGACUCUGGCUUAUGUUCUGCCCAUCCUUCACUGUUUGAAGCCUCUCGCCAAGCUCCCCAAGAAGAUAAGAGCUCUUGUUGUGCUACCUACUGGGCCCCUUGCUCUACAGUCAGUGAAGGUAUUCAGGGACUACAGUGAUUGUAUGGGCCUGAAAGUUGGCACUGCAAUUGGGCUUGAGUCGCUACGUCAAGAGCAAAGUGAGCUGGUCCGCAGACUGGAGCCCUGGGAACAGAAUAUGGUCAAGAGUGGACACUAUGGGGUACUUGGCCCUCCUAAGCCUGGCUCAGACCCAGUCACGCACUGUGUUCUGGUGGAUAUAAUUGUGGCUACACCUGAUCGGCUGAAAGAUCAUGUUGCUCAUACCCCGUCUUUUGAUCUCUCUCAUCUAAGAUUCGUUGUUUUUGAUGAAGCUGAUCGAUUGAUGAGUGGCGAUGGAGGCCACUGGCUCAACAGCAUCGUGAACACUAUUGAAACUCAACAACAACCAAACCAGAAGCGCUUCUCUACGAUCUUCUCUCCUCCCGAGCCUAAAGCCAUGAAGCUUCUCUUUUCUGCAACGCUCUCUUGCAACGCCGAGACCUUGCAGGUCAUCAGGCUGCACAAUCCUGUGCUGUACUCUACGGAUCUUGCAUAUCCUAACCGGCAUCGGGGAAAGCAAGCAAACGGAAAUUAUUCAGCUCGUGCAAAAUCUACAGCAGCAGCAACUACUACACACUCAGUGCCGAGCUCCCUCACUGAACAGUACAUUGUCUGUGAGCUGGACCUACGUCCCUUACUGCUACAUCACCUCAUCCUCACGCAUCAUUGGAAACGUGUACUCGUUUUCACAAACAGAAAGGAAACUUCUCAUAAAUUGGCUUUAACUUUGCAAAACUUGUCUGCUGACGGCUACAGAGUUGCGGAGUUCUCAUCUAAAAUUGGCAAACUUCAGGCAAAUAUUAUUCGAAAGUUCCACAAAGGCGACAUUCAAGUGUUGGUAUCGACUGACAGCCUGUCUCGAGGCAUGGACUUCUCUGAAGUGAGCGUAGUGGUGAACUAUGACCGCACCGAGAAGUACACCACCUACCUUCACCGGAUCGGCAGAACUGCUCGUGCUGGCAAACCCGGUUUAGCUUUAUCACUUAUCAGGCUUGUCCAGGUUCAUGAAUUUAAGAAGAUGGUAAAACAGCACUCAACCCACAAAGUCACUGAAUUAACUGUCGACACCAAAGAACUUCACCCGUACGAAGAACUCUACAAAGAAGCUCUGAGACUUCUCAAACAAAACGUUAUUCAAGAGAAACGCACCAGCGCCAAACGUCUCAAAAAACAUGUUGUUGGCUUGAAAAGUAAAUCUUAACAUGAGUCUAUG